UCUUUUCUCUUCCCCUGUUUCAUCUUCUUCAUUUCUCUUUCUCUCUCUCCUUCAAAUCAAACCCUAAAAUCUCCAUUUCAUCAUUGCAUGGCAGUUCAUUUGUUAUCCUAUGAGGUUUCUGACCUCUGCCUAGGAAAACCUCCAUUAAAUCCCCUCCCAAUCUCCGCCACCGUCGCCGACGCUCUCACAGCCAUCAAAUCCUCCGAUUAUCAAUUCAUCAGUGUCUGGACCACCGCCGCCGGUAAUGCUGUUCACGACCGCUGCAUCGGCAAAGUUAGUAUGGUAGAUAUCAUCUUCUACCUCUGUAAAGACAAUAAUCUCGAAUCACCAUCGUCAGCUCUGAAUUCCCCUGUCUCUGUUCUUCUUUCCGAUGUUCCUGGUCUCGUUACUCAUGUUGAAGCCUCUCUAAGUUUAAUGGACGCCAUUGAUCUGAUCUUACAAGGAACUCAGAAUUUAGUGGUCCCAAUUAAAACCUCUUCAAGAAGAAAAUUACAGAAACCCUUAUUCUGUUGGCUAACUGAAGAAGACAUAAUAAGAUUCCUUUUAAAUUCAAUCGGUUUAUUCUCACCAACUCCAACAAUCUCAAUCGAUAGAUUAGGAAUUAUAAACCCUAAUUUUCUAUCAAUCGAUUACCAUUCAUUAUCAUCAACAUCCAUUGAAGCAUUUUCACAGUCACUUUCAAGGCAACAAACUUCAGUAGCAGUAAUCGACGGUGACGGAAUUCUAAUCGGUGAGAUAUCUCCGUUCAUAUUAGCUUGUUCUACUGGUGAUCUAAUGGAUUGUGGAGGUCCGACUGAAGAACUGGUUAAGAUUAUGAGAAGUCGAUUGAAAGAUCGGAAAUUGGAAGAGUUUGUGAUUUGUUCUGAAACUGAUAAUAAUGGGUAUUCGGUUAGGAUGGUGAGAUCGGCGGAGGCGAUUGUAUGUCAUCCAUGGAGUUCUUUGGUGGCGGUUAUGAUUCAGGCGAUUGCUCAUAGGGUUAAUUAUGUUUGGGUUAUUGAAGAAGAUUAUAGUUUGGUUGGGAUUGUUACGUUUUCUAGUAUAUUGGGAGUUUUUCAUGAAGAUUUACAGUCAAUGGUUUGAAGAUCUUCAUUUUCAAAUCUCUGGUUUUGUCUUGAUGAAGAAGAUGACUAUAAAAGGGUUUUCUUUAUUUUUAAUGUGAGCUGUAAGC